AUGUACUUCGCCCCGUUUCUCGCUCUCCUCGUGGCCGGCGCGGCGCUGGCCGCGGCCGAGGGCUGCCACGGCGAUAACCUCCUCCGGGCUAUGGAGCGCCACAACGGAACGGCGUACUGCUCCUCGCUCCUGAGGCCCUCUGGCACCGGCACGGUGUUGUCGCCGCGUCUCCCGUCCGACGUGCCGUCGACGUAUGCCCCUAGCCUCGUCUCGUCUGCUGUAAUGGCAGUGUUCUUGUCUCCUGGGUCACAACUCGACGUCAAAGGCACCGUGUCUCUCCGCUUCGGCGACGGCGACGGCGACUUCGACUUCGACUAUCUGUUCCUCGAGAGGUGGAGGAGGUGGAGGCUCGGGUACCACGCGUCCCGCACCGGUUUCGACGGCGGAUACACGUACUCGAUCCCCGGAGCCGGGCUGUCCACUUCCACGGGCCCGACGUGCGGGCGAGACUGGGCGACGACGACGGUGCAGGUGACCGAGACCAUGGUCAGCACAGUCUAUGUCUACAGCUCCGGUGCUUCGAUCAGCAGCGAUAGUAGCAGUACAGGCGCGUCGACAUCGAGCUUCUCGUUCCCGAGCGACGGGGACAGCGGUGGUCGACCGGCGCCGCCGACGGGGUCGCCCGGGACGGCUUCGGCGUGGGUCUCCACUUUUACCGUGGGCGACUCGAUCUUUGUCAGCACCGUCUCGGGGGUACCUUCGGACUCGCUGGUGGUUCGGCCGCCGGGGCCGACAACCUGGACCGUAAACGGGACGACAGUUACCAUACCAGGGGCUCCAAUUCCGACGACUUCCGGGAAGGCGAGCAGCUUGACAAGCACCCAAGCAGACGUCGCGUCUUCGUGGACUCUCUCCUGGAUCUUAACCAAACCCGCCAACGAAAGCAGAAUCACUUCUUCCCCUUUGACUUCUUCCUCUGCGCUACCAGACACUCCCGUGGUAAGCACCGUCACGAGCGACGUGGGCGGCGUGGGUUCGACCUGGAUCGUCACCGUGGGCGUCACGAGCGGCCCGGUCCCAUUUCCCAACACGACCUCGGCCCUUCAGUCCUCGGAGGCUGCGUCGGCGGCCAUCAGCGUCGUCACGAGCAUCAUCAGCGGGGCCGCGGUGACGUGGACCCUCAUCGGGGGGUCGACCGUCACCGGACCCGUUGACUCGGUGACGCUUACUUCGGCCGAGGCCGCCCCGUCGGGGCCAGUGUCUGGUGGGUUCACCGUCAUCACAAGCAUCGUAGGAGGCGUCGAGUCGACUUGGACGUUGAUAGACGGCUCGGCAAUCAGUCCCUCAUCAAGUGGGACGAUGAGCGCACCGGCCUCUCCCACGGCUUCUUCCCUCAAGACGGCCAGCGGUACUUUCAGCGUCAUCACGAGUGUCUUUGGCGGCGUCGGUUCGACAUGGACGAUGAUCGGAGGGUCGACUUUUACUGGCUCGUCCAUUACGCCGACUACAUCUCCACCGCCUACCGCCUCUUUUCCUGUCUCGGCCUCUCUCGUCACGAGCUUCAUCGACGGGGUCGUUUCGACGUGGACCGUCAUCGGGGGUUCGACUGUUUCUAGGGUCCUCAGCGAGACGACGUCUACUCCGGAGCAGAGCGCGGCGGUCUCAGUCAUUACAAGCGUCUUCGGCGGCGUCGGGUCUACGUGGACUCUUGUUGGCGGGUCUACCGUCACAGACUCUUCUAGUACAUCAGAUACGGUAACCCCUACGUUACCUCCAGGAGCCUCUAUUGUCACCAGUAUCAUUGGGGGUAUUGCCUCCUCAUGGACGGUAAUAGGGGGCUCGACCGUGUUUGCAUCAACGAGUUCGGCUUUUGCAACUCUAUCCGCAACUCCAACCUUGCCUCCUGGCGCUUCCGUCGUCACUAGCAUCGUGGGUGGCAUUGCCUCUUCAUGGACAGUCAUCGGAGGUUCGACCAUCUUUGAAUCAACCAACCCUACCCAGUCAACUCCCACUUUGCCUCCCGGUGCCUCCAUCGUCACUAGCAUCGUUGACGGUAUGGUCUCGUCGUGGACUGUUAUCGGAGGGUCCACUAUCUUCGUAUCAGCAAGUUCCGCGUUGGCAACUCCCACCCUGCCUCCUGGAGCCACCGUCAUCACCAGCGUUAUUGGGGGCGUCGCUUCUUCUUGGACGGUGAUAGGGGGCUCGACCAUCUUCGGGUCCGCCAGCCCGACAGACGCUGCCGGAGCCACGGUCAUAACCAGCGUUGUCGGGGGCGUCGCCUCAUCGUGGACCGUCAUCGGAGGCUCGACCAUCUUCGGGUCCGCAAACAACACCGCGGGAGUCUCUCCCGUUGCCUCUCCUACCCCUAGCGUCUUCACGAGCCUCGUCGACGGGGUUGCCUCGACGUGGACCGUCAUUGGCGGUUCAACCAUCUUCGGCACUCUGACGCAGCCUUCAACGAGCACAGGAAACACGUCGACGACCCCUCCGUCUUUGUCUACUUCUUCUUCUUCUUCAUCUUCUUCUUCCUUUUCCCCCUCCUCCGCCACGACGAGCAGCUCGGCAACUCCGACCUCAGGCUACGACUCAGCCUUCACCGGCAUCUCCGUCAUCGUGGCCCGCAACGGCAGCACAUGCUACGUCCUGCCGACCCCCAUCGCGUCGCUCCACGAGUCUCUCCUGAACGUCACGGACCGCGAGCCGCCGUCCAUCGACGCCUUCUACCUCGACCCGGCCACGAACUCGGUCAAGUAUCUCCGCCUGAGGGACGGCAACGCCAACCCGGUUCUCGUCGACGUCUCCGACCCCUCCAGGCUGGCCAUCAUCGACGGGGCCGGUAACGUGCUCUCCAUCGACAGGGAGGGCCUGCACUUCACCUCGGCGAACUGCUCGCCCAAGAUCGACGUCUUCAUAUCCGGCUUCUUCGAGCAGCUGGCCGUGCUGUCGGGUCAGUCCUGCAGGGAUACCGAUGAGGUACCCGUCAACGGCACGGGCGGACCGUCGUCCUCUAUCUCCGUUUCCAAGCGCGAAGUGCCGCUGGACGCGAGACAGGAGCGGUCUUUUGACGUGGUCCUCCACCUUCGAGACCAGUGCGGCGAUCUCGUCCGCCCCGACCUGCCCGUUUCCGUCUCCCUGGGCGACACAGAGUGUGUCGUCCUUCCCGGCGCGGCGGGAGACUUCGUUGCGAGCUGCGCGUUCCCCGGCGGCGAGAGCAACUCGAUGGAGUGCGAGACGUCCGUCCAGCAGACGCUGGACCACCUCACCCAGGGCUCCCUCGCCGGAAUGUGUCCGUCGUUCGCGUCCGUAUGGAGCCUGCUUUCCCGGGAACUAGACCGCGUAGUCAACUUUGACACUCUUCUCCGACCCUUCAUCGACGCCGGGCUAGACCUCGGCUCCGAUGCCGGUCGGGGUCUUCGCUCCAUCAUCGACGGCUUCAUGAGGUUGUACGAUUUCUCGACCUCGGCCUUCCAGAACUCCACCUCGGACACAGGUGCCGGCGCCAGCUCGCGGUUGGAAGACGUGAUCGAGGAAUAUGGCGUGGCGGCCAUCCGGACGGACGUCUGCCGUUCCCUCGUCUCGUCCGAGACGCUGGCCCUUACCUUCACUGCGGGCGCUUCCACGGCUCCCGUCUCCCUGGCCAACAUCUCCGCCGUGCCGUCGCCGCGGCCCGAGUACGAACGCACCGUCACGGAUCCGACGGCCCUCGCGUGCUGCCCGAACGCGAGCCGGUGCGUGGUUCGCGACGGGCAGGAGUUCUACCCGCCCGAGGCGUCGAUCCAGGGGUCCGACUGCCUCUGCGGCACGACGCUCGAGGGCCGCGGCGUCGGCUUCCGGACGGGGCGAUGCGUCGGGUACAACCAGUGCAACGCAACCUCGCCGUGCGCCGGCGGCGCCGUGUGCCUCGUCGGCAGCUGUUGCGGGUUCAGCGUCUGCGUGAACGGGACCGAGUGCUCUGCGCCGGCGGUCGGGGGGGGCAAUGAGAACCUCGCCUCUGCAUCUACAAGCAAGGAUGUCAUUAUCACCGCGUCAAGAUCUCUCGGAUUCGAUCCCAACAACCCACCACAAGCUCACAGAAUGGCAGAGUUGAAGCCAACGACGGCGGCUCUUCCGAUGGAGUUGCAGCUCAUGAUCAUGCGGGAGCUGGCAGACGCCCACAAUUCCCCAACCUCCCGACGUCGCGGCAUCGCGUCUUACGCCUGCGUCUCCAAAGACUGGCAGGCCUUCUUCGAGCGCCUGACCUUCAAGCACCUCAUCGUACGUCCAAACGCUCUUCCGUCAUUCAGGCAGGUCACUCUCGAUCCGCGACGACAGAGCUUGGUGAGGCACGUUUGGCUACGGAUCGAGAAGCCCCGACCCGACGGGGAGGAUGGCCUCGUAGCUCUAGACGAUGGCUGGUCGGGUUCCUGCUCCGUAGAGUCGGCCAUCGUGUUGCAUCUUCUAACGACGCUUUCCACGUGGACGGCCAGAGGCUCGGGUCGGGGCCUGACGCUGGAGUUGAGCUCCCACACCUACGUUGGCCUCGUGCGGUACGCAGAGUACGCCCCCUCGGACGACCUCGGCCGCUACUCCAAGUACCUCGAGACGGGAUCUCUCGGGGCAUACGACGGGCUCGAAAAGUUUGGCCACACGAGUCCCAAAUGGCACGACGAGGUGGCCUCGUCCGCUUCAAGGCUUGCCGGGGCGACGAGCAACCUCUUUACGUGGGGCACCGUGGAGUUCCGUGCGAUCCAGCCCCCCCGCGUCGAGGUAGUCACCAAGCUCCUGAUGAGGAGGGCCGGCACCCGGAACAUCAAGGCAACGGGCCUCGCGCAAAUCAUCAAGAGUCUCCCGCGGUUGGAGGAGAUUCAUUUAGAGAGAUGGCGCAUCGGGCGCGCGACGCAAGAGAAGAGGUGGCUCAAGGGUGAGUCCCCGUCUUCACAUGAGGAGAAGUCUCACUUGAUUGCAUUGCUUUCGUUUUUGAAUGCUGAUUACAGUUUCGCACGCACUGCAGAUUUCGCUGAUCAUCUCGAACAUGGUUUACCUCCGUCGGUGAAGAAACUCGCAGUCUUCCACGAGGAGAUUGAUGCGCCGCACUACGCGUAUAGCCUCCCAUUCCGGGCACCCAGGGAGGAACUGGACGCGUUCCUGGCCAGGAGAACCCUCCAUGUAGAAUGCUUGUCCCUCUGCUUCGUCACGGAAGCGGAGAGCUUCUUCCGCCACGUGCUGCAAGCAACAAAGGUGAACUUGGGAAGCGAAACCGACGGGCCCGCCCGUGCAAAUUACACAGAACCCGUCCCAUUUCGAAGCCUAAAGCUCUUAACCUUAACCUCGACUUGUUUCGUCCCCAAAGAGGGUCCCUACUGGGAAGUCUAUUCUUGGCAACGGAGUGUGGACGAGGUGCUCUUGUCAGCUGCUGUCGCAAUGGCCGGGAUACCCACGCUACAGCUGCUGGAAAUAUGGAGUGGCAGGGAUGGCCACGCCAGCAUCUUCCGCUACAAAGUCAACAGCAACAACAACUCUGCCAACAUUGUUUGGAGCAGCACGCAAGACAUUGGGGUGAUGAGCUCGGACGUGAUCGAGGCCUGGAGGACGACUGCGACGCUUUCCGGAGGGCGGCGCGAGCUCAAGGCCGAAGUUGUUCGGCUUCCGCGGGGAGAGUUCGAAUACCACGGUUCAGUUUUGCCGUAUUUGGAUUCUCAGGGGUGGAUCGUGGAUCCUGUCUCCGCCGCACAAAUCGUCUGA